CGCAGGACAAGAGCGGACAGGCCACCGUCACCGACUCGGUCCGAUGCCUCGGUCCUAUCUUCGGCAGCUGCAAGAGGAUUCUCCGAGUUGAGCCGAUGGCACACAGCCCAUUGUAGGGUGGCUGGAGUCAUGUAAUCUGCUCUUGCCAGCCCACCUACCUCCUAAUAACCCCGGUGUUCAGUCCCUUGUUCUCUGUCUCGGGGCAGUAUAAGGAAGGAGGCAGCCGGCAUCAAUCCGGAGAUGGAACGGAUGGAGUGAAGAGUCAACACCAUUCACAUCAGCAGCUCAUUGCUUGAAGCCCUCGGUAUGCCUUCCGUUCGCCUGGUCUUCCUGACCACGCUCCUUGUGGUACAGAUGGCCACGCUGGCCUCCAGCACCAGAACCACACGAAUGCCCAAACCUCAGACCACCAAGAAGCCCCCUCGAGCUGGUGGCAGCGGCGGCGCAGGUGGGGGUGGAGGAUUCGGACGAGCCACCACCACCACGACCCCAUCUCCUUCUAGCAGCCUGCAGAUGGAUGAGACAACUGACGUUACAAUGGACACUUACUCAGCGUCCCCUACAGACAGCACCACCUACAGCGACACUUUCUCCACCGAGUUCCACACCGAUGCCAUAGUGCCUCCCGGGAACGCCGUUGGAAACUAUACUCUCAACUUCAAUGAGUGCUUCUUCAACGUCUGUGAGUGCUGUCCGCCAGGGAUGGGCCCCGCAGGGCCCAUGGGAGACAGUGGCCCACCAGGGCCACAAGGAGAGAGGGGCCCUUUAGGGUUACCAGGAGAGAGGGGAGAAACAGGGCCCCGGGGAGUCCCAGGACCAGCAGGACUACCUGGUGCCAACGGGCUUAAUGGUGACACAGGUGAAAAAGGUGAUCUAGGACCGAUGGGUCUUCCUGGUGCUCCUGGCAUCUCAGGAAAACCAGGAGAGAGAGGUGAUCAGGGCCCCAGAGGAGAGAAAGGUGAACGUGGUUUCAGCGGUCUGAAAGGUGACCCAGGAGAAAGAGGAGAGCCUGGCCUGAAUGGGUCUCAGGGCGACACUGGGCGAGAGGGGCCUAUAGGUCCCCCCGGGGUAGCUGGGACAAAGGGUCAGAAAGGUGAACAAGGACUUAGUGGCGAGUGUUCGCCAAGCGAGAAAAGUAAUGUGGCGGAGCGUGGGCCCCCAGGCCUGAGAGGUGAGAUGGGCCCCCCGGGAGUGAAUGGAACUGAUGGUGCAAAGGGAGAGAGAGGCCAGCCAGGGCCUGCGGGCGCAAAGGGCGAUACCGGUACCAGAGGGCCACCAGGACUUCCAGGAGGAAGGGGCUUGGUAGGCCUGAGGGGGGAGAAGGGAGCUAAGGGCGGGCGUGGGCCCCGGGGCCCAAAAGGCCCACCGGGUGAGAGUGUGGAACAGAUUCGCUCUGCCUUCAGUGUGGGCCUGUUUCCCAGCAGGUCCUUCCCUCCGCCCGGCCUGCCUGUGAAGUUUGACAAGGUGUUUUAUAACGGGGAGGGUCACUGGGACCCAACCAUCAACAAGUUCAACGCCACCUACCCGGGGGUCUACCUAUUCAGCUACCACAUCACCGUGCGCAACAGGCCAGUGCGUGCCGCCCUAGUGGUUAAUGGGAUACGGAAGCUGCGAACCCGGGAUUCCCUCUACGGCCAGGACAUUGAUCAGGCGUCCAACCUCGCGCUGAUGCAGCUGAAUGAAGGCGACCAGGUGUGGCUGGAGACGCUGAGGGACUGGAACGGAGUCUACUCCAGCAGUGAGGACGACAGCACUUUCUCUGGCUUCCUGCUUUACCCGGACCCCAAGGACAAGCCUACUGAUAUGUGAAACCUGUGACUGCCGCCCUUUGACCUUGAAUGAGCCCUGAUUGUAACGUCUCUUAGAGCCUGCACAACCUUCAGCCUAUUGCACUGCUCUGUCAAAUGAAUGUGAUUCAGCUAUAUGCUGCUGCUUCAGUUUCUGCUUGCUGCUAAUCAAACCAAAAAGCAUUGCUUGCCUCGCUGUAUUUGCAGAUGGAUGAGGCUUGAUUAAAUGCUGUAUGCAACCCUUCAGUUCUUUUUAACAAUGCAUUAAAAAUGACUACGCUUGAA